GUGCAUAUACAUACGUGUAUGAGGCGCAAGGAUACCAGACUAGUCAACCUUCGGUUUUCAGCACGUGGAGUUCUGCACUGUGUCGCAGAAUUAAUCCUUCAUUUGUCCUUGCAACUAACGUAUUAAGUCAAGAUGGCCAAGAGUAUCCGCAGUAAACGUAUGAGGAAACUGCGAGCAAUCAAGAGAGCAAGGAAUGGUCCACGGGAAACCAAACGAUUGAAGAAGAUUCUGGGAUUACUGAAGCCUGAAGAGGAAGACCCAGAGAACAACGUCUACAAAUUCACUGAUGUCAGGGAAACGAUUUUAGACAAGCCUACCCUCAACCAAGCCUCAGGAACAGCGUAUGACCUACGACGUGUCCCAGACAGAGAUAAGAUCAAAGCAGCGGCCGCGCAACCAAAGGAGAUCACAAUGGAUGAAGAUGCAGAAAAUAAAACAGUGAUGGAUCCAGAGCACCAGGAAUCCAUGGAAACGGACACUGCAGCCAAACCCAAACAGAAAGGCAUAAAGAAUGAACAUGGCAACUACCCCAUCUGGAUGAGUCAUCGAAGAAUCAAGAAAAUAGCCCGCAAAGGCAAACCCAAAAAACACACACUCAAGCGAGCAGGCACGGGCAAAACAUUCUGAACAUUGAGUUAUUUUAUUUGUCAAUAUUUUCAAGUAUGUCUUUUAUCCCAAGUAAUAUUUGGUAAUUUUUCAAAUUUCGUUAGAAAAUUAGAAGUUGAAUUCACAAGACAACAUGCACUGUUGCAAUAUCGUGCCAUUUUCACCUACUUUAUGGGCUCCGUGCACAGGUACUCUCUCAGGGGUAAGGAAGGUAGAGUUGGGGAUGACAACUGGGAGAGACAUUCGAAUGCAUCGAUGAUGACACCGACGCCCACGCAGUGGCAUUAUGCACACUCAGAAUAAAAUAAGUUGUGCGUUAUACGCGCGCAAACCAGUACGUGCUCACAGUGUGUCCCUUGCAUGGGCUCUUGAAAAGUGGUCGAAAAGCGCCCUCUCUUGUUUGCACGCGGAGCCCAUUGGCCCAAUAACAAUGAGGGCCAAGUUUCUCGUGCCCAACUGCAAAGCCUAAUUUAUACAUUAUCUUUAGCCUGCAAAUUCAAAUUGCCAGAGUUCAAUUUGAAUCUUUUGAAUCCCCAGACUACCAUACAAAAUUUGUAGCCAACAAACUUGAAAGAAAUGAUGUUUCACUCUAUAAGAUUUUCUUUAUUGUACUUUACAUUACAAACAUUGUGAUGGAUCAACGAACCAUUUUAUUAAAGUUAGCCACAAAUCCGCCCACCUGUGGUUUGCGUCCCUAUCUCACAGUGCUUCUGACCAGGUUCCAUUGUGGUCAUGUGACCCACAGUCACGAUCUGAUUGGACAAUGCACAAUGAAGUACAAAAGUCUUUUAUGGACUUGGACAAUAAAUUUGUAAAGUUAGCCAAAGCCA